GGGAGGGAAGGCGCCGGCUCGUGGGCAGGGCCGCCCGGCUCGCGCAUGCGGCUGGGCAGGGCCCGGCAGAAGCGCUGUGAUUGUGAGUUUGGCGUCGUUUCCCCGGACCCCUCCCCGAUGCCCUAGCAGGACCCGGGCCCCUCAACCGCCCCGAGAGCUGCUGGCCGCGAGCCCGUCCUGGCCGCCCGGAGGCAGGCCCCUCGCCGCCUCCCGCAGAUGGGUCUAGGCUGGAGCAGCGCGGAGGAGCGGGAGUCCCUGCUACCACCCCAGCCCCGGGGGGCGGCGGGGGGUCCCGUUGUGCCCCAGCUUCGGCGGGGCCUUACCCCUGCGGCGGCGGCGGCGGCGCCCCGGCUGGUGCCGGUACUGGGCCGGGUUUACGGGCGGCGCUGGCUCGUGCUGCUGGUGUUCUCGCUGCUGGGCUUCGUGCAGGGCCUGGUGUGGAACAGCUGGGGCCCCAUCCAGAACUCGGCCCGCCUGGCCUUCGGCUUCUCCAGCUGGGACAUCGCCUUGCUCGUCUUGUGGGGCCCAAUCGGCUUCCUGCCCUGCUUCGCCUUCAUGUGGCUCAUGGAUAAGAGAGGUCUCAGGGUAACAGUGUUGUUAACAUCCUUCCUCAUGGUGUUAGGAGCCGGCCUAAGAUGUGUACCACUGUCAGAUCUAACAAUAAGAAAAAAACUGAUUCAUGGAGGGCAGCUGUUAAAUGGAUUGGCAGGUCCAACUGUAAUGAAUGCUGCUCCAUUUCUCUCCACUACCUGGUUUUCUCCCGAUGAACGUGCUACUGCAACAGCUAUUGCAUCAUUGCUCAAUUAUCUUGGUGCAGCAUGUGCAUUUUUAGUAGGACCUCUGGUGGUUCCACCUCCUAAUGGAACAUCCCAUCUUCCACUUGCAUCUGAAAGUAACUCUGAGCAUAUCAAGGACCGCAUUGAAGCUGUGUUAUAUGCAGAAUUUGGAAUGGUCUCCCUGAUAUUUUCUGCAGCACUAGCCUACUUCCCAUCACGCCCUCCAUUUCCUCCCAGUGUGGCUGCAGCUAGUCAGCGGCUCAGCUAUAGGAGAAGUUUUUGUCGGCUAUUAAGCAAUUUCCGUUUUUUGAUGAUUGCGUUAGCCUAUGCUAUACCGUUGGGUGUUUUCUCUGGCUGGUCUGGUGUUCUGGACUUGAUAUUAACACCAGUUCACGUCAGCCAAGUGGAUGCAGGCUGGAUUGGAUUUUGGUCCAUAGUUGGAGGCUGUGUUGUUGGCAUAGCAAUGGCAAGGUUUGCAGAUUUUAUCAGGGGCAUGCUGAAACUUAUACUUCUGCUGCUGCUAUUUGGCGCAACACUGGCAUCCACCUGGUUCACUCUCACCUGUCUUACUAGUGUCACUCACCUGCCUUUAACCACAGCUACACUAUACACAUCCUGUAUCUUGCUCGGAGUAUUCCUGAAUAGUAGCAUACCUAUAUUCUUUGAGCUUUUUGUGGAGACGGUCUACCCUGUUCCAGAAGGAAUUACGUGUGGUGUUGUCACCUUUUUGAGUAACAUGUUUAUGGGAGUGCUUUUGUUUUUUCUCACAUUUUACCAUACAGAGUUGUCCUGGUUCAACUGGUGCCUCCCAGGAUCAUGUUUGCUCAGCCUACUCCUUAUUCUUUGCUUCAGGGAAUCCUAUGAUAGACUUUAUCUUGAUGUCGUUGUCUCAGUUUAAUAGCACAGAACUGACAGAGUUUUGAGAGAGACUGGAAAUCGAUAUGGCAUUCUGCAAAUUGCUUGGAAUUGCACAGUUGUAUGGCGGAAAAAGCAAAGAAACUACAAAAUUUUUAAUGUGGUUUUACCAGACUAAGAAGAUAUUUUUUUAAAACAUCUCUUGACUUGAUCUUUAUUACUGACUUGAGAAACAGUGUGGUACUUCAGUUGGGAAUAAGAGUAUCCUAAAAUACACAAGUGGACUAUAUCUGAUGUGUAUAUUCUAAAGUCAGAACUGUGAUAUGUUAUUUAAAAAACAAUACUUGUAGCUA